AUGGAGCUCUUAGACCAGCUGUUACGAAGUACACUCAGGCCGAGCAGUGUACAGACCAAUCGGCGCAAAUUAGCCCAUGCGACGGCAGCGCUGAAGUGGGUGAGCGUAACGGGGGGAAGCGAGGAGGUCUUCCGGCGGCCCCUUGAAGAGGUGUUGGAGACCAGCACGAGUGGAACCAGCCGGGGACCAUUCACGACUCGCCACGUGGCACCUCCGAGGCGUCAUUCUGGGACUUCCAAGAAGGACGAAGAAGACGAGAUCAUGAGCAGUCUGAUGAGGACUCGACGCUGGAGCAGCCCAGAGACUCGGCGCACGAGAUGGGGGGGUACGAUUAGCAGCAAAAAGGGGAGGGGGGGCGUGGACAAGCAGGAACAAAAUAAAAAAAACGGCUCAUUUCUACCACCCUUGAACAGGGGAAAAGUAGACGUAGACAAUUUCGAAAGGGGAAGAGUGAAGAAAGCGUGGAGCGAGAAGGGGAGUGUGAAAGGAGUUGGGAAAGGGUCUGGGGUUAGGUCGCCUUUAGCAACUCUGAGCAACUUUCGGGGGGACGUUCACACGAACAGAGCGUCGGAGAAAGUGACACUUUCAAAAAUGGGUAGAAACGAGACGGCAAAGACUGAGACCGACAGAGUAAAUAGCAAAACAAGGAACGGUGCUUCUAAGCAGGAAAGCCCGGAACCGAACGGGAAAAAGGAAGGCGAACCUUGUGAAUGUAACAAUUGUCUCGAGUGCAUCUUGCGGCCGAGAAGGCGUCGGGGGAGGCCUACCGACCGUUCGAUGAUGGUUACACUAAGUCUUCCGGACGAUGAAAGGUGGGCAAUCCAAGAGACCGGAAUAGAGGAAGACGGGUCAACAGAAUGGGGGCAUUCGGAGGGUUAUUCAGACGAGAGUGGGGGCAGUUCCAGGGACUGGUCGGAGAGCGACUUCGAAGCGGAAGCCGAAACGGAGACGGGGCGGAAGAAGAGUUGGGUGGAGAGGCCGUUGACGUUGGAAGAGCUCGAGAGCGAAGCGCCGAUGGAGGAGUACCACCGCGAGAAGCUCGAGCUGUGGUUCCGGUCGCGACCCGAGGCGGAAGCGGAAGACCCCGCGCAUGAGGCCGUCGUGCACGACAUCCGGUGGAUGUUCCGCCGGAAUCCGCUGAUGCGGCCCGGAAAGGCCACCCGGGAGACGUUCCGACGGCUGGCCUCACCGAGAGAGGCAUCAGAACAGAUGGAUAAGGAGGAGGCCGCGCUCCUAGCGCUCGCGUCGCAGCAGCAGCGCAAGCGCGCGCUGCGCGCGUACAUCCGCAAGGAGCGCGCGGAGGCCGCGGAGCGCCUGGCGCGGCGGCGCGAGAAGGAAGAACGCGCGCGCGCGCAGGCGCGCGAGGAGGAGGAGCGGCGCGCGACGCUGCGCAGGCUGGUGGGCGGAUACGUGGCGGUGGAGGCGCGGCGGAAACUGCGCGAGUAUCAGGGCGAACAGCAGAAGAGGCUGCAAAAGGCGGCGGAGCUUCGCCAGAACCCCGCCACGUGGCACCAGUAG